GAUGCAGCGCCGUGUGAACGCGGAACUCCGUCUCACACUCCGCCCAAUAGGUGGCGGCCGUUUGCCUGUAACGGUGGUUUCUACUGACUUUAAACACAGCGAAGAAGACGAGGACAGCAACGAAGAAGAAGAAGGGGAUCGGGUCAUGUGAUUGUUAACUAGACAACAAAUACACCCGGAAGAGAGUUUUCCCCUUUCUUUUGGAGACAUGUCACAUUUUAUGAGCAGCUAAGGCGUCACUUGAAUCUAAAUAAGGUUAAUUCUAUUUGAGCAGGCUGACGGUUUGACGAAUAUACGGAAGUCCACUAAACACCUUGAAGAAUCAUCCGAGUCAUAAUGGGCUCUGCAGUAGAGAGGACGGACGAACAUGUGAGAGAAUAUCUAAUCUACCGCGGUUUCACCAGCACUCUGAAACACCUGGACAACGACAUCAAAACCGACAAGGAGAAAGGCUUCAGGGUGGAUAAGAUCAUCGAGCAGCUCCAGCAGUUUGUUGUGAGCUUUGACCUCUGUGGUCUGAAGGAGUACUGGCUGUACUUGGACAGACGUCUUUUGUGCAGACUGGAAGACGUUUACAGAUCCACAGUCCUUAAACUGAGGACCAGUCUGUACAGAUACUAUGUCAUCCACACCAUCCAGAAAGGAAACCUUGAGAAGACCCAGGAGUUUUUCCAGAAGCAGGCGUCGGAGCUGCAGAGUCAGGUGGAGUGGCGAGACUGGUUCAUUCUGCCGUUUAUACCCGCCCCCGAGCAGAACCCGGCCUUCUCGCCGUACUUCUCCCGCCAGUGGGCCGACACCUUCCUGGUUUCCCUGCACAACUUCCUGUCCGUCCUCUUCCAGUGUAUGCCUCAGCCUGUUCUGCUGAGUUUUGAUGCUGAAGUUCAGAAGACAACGAGUCUGACUGAGGAGAACGAGCGACUUUGCCAGCUGCUGUUUGCUCUGCAGAUGGAAAGUCGGGACCAGAGGGAGGUAGACGAGAUGGUCCACCACCGGCUGCCGAUAUACGUCCAGAACAUGGACCGACUUGGAGACACUGACCUGGAUUUGGUGUUGAGCCAGCGCCCCGUCGGCACCGCCACCACCCCUUCCAGAAACUUCUUCUCAACAUUCCUGCCGCAGGGCCGCCGCACUCCGGGGAAGCUGCCUCUGUUCGCCGGCGGGUCCUCGCCGAUCCAGGCGUCGGUGGGCCGGAAGGACCCACCAGGCGGUCAGCCUGCAAAGUCAAAAGAGCCAUUCCAAGCCAAUGAGGGGAAGCCCGUUUCCAGCCAAGCAUCAAGCAGUGAACCUAAGAGCUCCCUGUCAACCAACCAGCCAACCAACCAGUCCACCAACCAGUCAACCAACCAGCCAACCAACCAGCCAUCUCACCCGAGACACAAGAAAAUCCAAGAGCACGAGAAAGAGAGGAAGGAGCUUUUCUCCAAGCCCACAUCACAGAUACCGGAGAGGAGAGCGGAGACGGGAGAGGUCGAGCCACUUGCCGAGACCUCCGGCGAGCCCCCCGAGCUCUGCUCGUACGGAGCAGCGGAGGGAGGAGGACUCUCAACAGAACAGCCUUUUAUCAAGCUCAGCCAGGAGGAGUACGGAGAGCAUCACUCCUCCAUCAUGCACUGCAGGGUCGACUGUUCUGGUCGCCGGGUUGCCAGUUUGGACGUAGACGGAGUCAUUAAGGUGUGGUCAUUCAACCCCAUCAUGCAGACCAAAGCCACCAUCAUGUCCAAGUCUCCUCUGCUGUCGUUGGAGUGGGCCACCAAACCAGACCGGCUGUUGUUACUGGGCAGCGGUGUCGGCACGGUGCGGCUGUACGAUACGGAUGCCAAGAAGAACCUUUACGAGAUGAACAUCGACGAAACUCACCCACGCAUCUUGUCACUAGCCUGCAGUCCCAGCGGUUCGUCCUUUGUCUGUUCGGCUGCAGCUGUCAGUCGAUCCGGAAGCGUCGACUCAGCGGCUCAACUUCCCAUCCCGGUGUCCGGACAGCUGCUGCUCUGGGACACCAAGACCGUCAAACAGCAGCUCCAGUUCUCUUUAGAGCCUGAACCAGUAGCUAUUAACUGCACCGCCUUCAACCACAACGGAAACCUGCUGGUGACCGGAGCUGCUGACGGAGUCAUCAGACUGUUUGACAUGCAGCGGUACGAGAGCGCCAUGAGCUGGAGAGCACACGACGGAGAGGUUUACAGUGUGGAGUUCAGCUACGAUGAAAACACCGUCUUCAGCAUCGGAGAAGAUGGAAAGUUCAUCCAGUGGAACAUCCAUCGGUGUGGGGUGAAGCAGUCGGAGCAGGUCUUACCCCAGGACGCCACGGGGCCCUUCAUGCUGUCGGGCUACAGUGGAUACAAACAGGUUCAGGUCCCUCGAGGUCGACUCUUUGCCUUUGACUCUGAAGGGCAACACGUUCUGACCUGUUCCAGCAGCGGAGGGCUGAUCUACAGGUUGACCAAUGGGGAGCCUGCUUUGGAAAGCAUGCUGCCGCUGGGGGGGCACAAAGCGCCAGUGGUGACGGUGGAUUGGUGCUCGGCGGUGGACUGCGGCACCUGUCUGACCGCCUCCAUGGACGGGAAGAUCAAGCUGAGCACACUCCUGGCACAGAGCUGCUAAACCGCCCGGGGAGCCUGCGCUCAUCAGAAUUUAUUAUAAACCGAUUCAGUCCCGCUGAUAGAGAUUAAUCCAGAAUCUUAUUAGUAUGUUAUUUGUUUAAUGACAAAAGCUCAACAACCUGUUAACAAAUUGUAAUCCCAUAAAAGUCAAACUGAAAUCUGAGAGCAUGUUUUUAAUGAAAGCUGCAUGAUUUUGUAUUCCCGAAGACUCUAGUGGGACACGGUAAACGGAUACAUACACCGAUCUGACAUAUCGUUCAAUGUAGUUGAUGUGACCAAGAUGUCAGAAAGCAUUUAAUUCCACAUAAAGCACAGCAAUGUUGUACA